AUGUCAUCACUGGGACAGCGGCUUCUGCCUGCAUGGGUCUACAAGACGGAAGAAUGUGCGAUAUGCCUAUCCUUCUUCUCCACUGACAUGCCACCCGGCCCGGACCCCCGGACCGGACUUGAUCCCAAAUUCAAACCCGACCGCCGCUUACUGGAACCAGAGUACGAAAGCCGUUGUCACGGCUGCUGGGUAGCUCGUUUCACAAUCUCAUUCUUCAGUCAUAUCCUCGAGGAUGUGGACUCGGAAAAUAUGCGCGAUGCCCUUUUCUACCUCGAUGCAAACGUUGAUGGCACAAAUGUUGUUCUUACUGCGAGAAAAGGAAGGUCAAGAGGCGGUUACGUACUAUCAAAACUGCAACUGCUUAAAACAACACUACCACCGGCGCAGGGUUACAUGGAGUCUUGGCUGCGAUAUGUAAUCUCUUUCCUCAACCCCAACGCUUACAACCGGCUACCCGUAUAUGUUGCCCAUGCCUACGAGUCUCCUCCCAUCGUAGGUCACACGGGAUCUCAAGAUGCUUUCAAGAAGAUCUUCACUUGGUUCGACGACUGUGUCGCGCACCAUCCGGACUGUGGCAGUGGCCUCAGUAUACACCCAAUGCCAACCCGCCUCAUCGAUAUCUCGGACAGAGACAACAUGCUAUUGGUUGAAGGGGUCACCAAAAGAAGCCAUUAUAUUGCUCUCAGUCACCGAUGGAUAGAAGCUUCCAAGAUGCCACGAUGUGUGAGCAGCAACAUCGGGUCGCUGAAGACGAAUGUCCCUUGGUCUUUUCUUACCCGAAACUUUCAGGACACCAUCGUAUUCAUCAAGGAUUUUGCCUCAUGGUAUGCAAAAGGUCACCCGCACGAAGAGCCCAUCCGAUAUGUCUGGAUCGACAGCCUGUGUAUCGUCCAAGACAGUGUUGCAGACUGGGAUGCAGAAUCAAAGCUGAUGUGUUCUGUCUACGAGGGUGCACUCCUAACAGUCGCAGCGGCGGCCGGACCUGAUGGCUGCUUUGCUGAAGCUGAGCGCGUCUACAAGGGAUUUGACGUUACCAAUCCUCACCGCCAGAACCCAAGAUUGUUGCUGCGAAAGAGGCUACCGGAUCACGAGAAUGAGUGUGAGAUGGCCGAGAGAGAACACGUCAUUCAACAGAAGAGUCUUCGUCCGCCUAGCAGGCUAGACCUGAUGACGAGGGGAUGGGUGAUGCAAGAAAGACUCUUAUCUCGUAGAUUCGUCGUCUUUGCGCCCAACGAAGUGAUGUGGGAGUGCUACGAAGGCUCGCAAUGCGAAUGCGGCAGGCUUUCUAGCAUGACGGGUCAGCUGAAUCUUAAGGGAGAAGAGGGCGUGAUGAGUCAGUACAAUCAGGCAUCUUACCGGUACUAUGACUCUAAGCGGGCAGAUGAUCCGAACUAUUCGUUCCUGCCGAUGCCGCUCAAGAUGGCAUACUAUGCCUCAUUAGACGACAAAGGGGAGCACGCGGCACGAAACCUCCGUAAUUGGUGGCGCCGGCUGGUUGAGAGGUACACGACACUAGACCUGACUCAGGAGUCAGACAGGCUACCCGCGAUAAUGGGUCUCGCAAUCCAAUAUGGCCGCCGGACUGGACAAGAAAUGGAAAGCUACCUUGCUGGGAUCUGGAGAAAUUCUCUCCCUUUGGACUUGCUAUGGCAUAAUGGGAAUCCCUCCAUGGAGCCAAUCUCCGAAUACUCUAAGAACAAAGGGCCACCAUCGUGGUCCUGGGCAUCUUGCCGUGGUAAAGUGAGAAUGCCUCGAGAGGGGAGCUUGUCGAAGUUGACGUACUUCGCUGAACUGACUUCUGUCAACGUUGGCGUGCGAAUCGCGGUUGGCAUGAGAUGUCCUGUUUUCACUGGCUUAAGUAAAAGAACAAGAGAUGAAACGUUUCCUAUUGUUGUGCUGGACUACGCUCCUGAUAGAGCGACAAGUCUUGCUACUUCGGUCUGGGAGGACGAGGCCAAGUUUGCCCUGAUUUCAAGAGCGGGUGAAGGCGAUGAGACUACCUGGAUGUACCUUCACAUCAGACCCGUUCAUGAUUUCGAAGGUAGCGGCAUUACAUACAGCCGGAUAGGACUUCUUGAACUGGCAAAGCGCAGAUGCCUACGUAAUAAGGCCACUUGCUCAGAUAUACUGUUAGAAUCGUGUUUUAAGUCGGGAACAGUCGAAGAGAUAGAAUUAGUAUAA